CACUCAAGGUACUAUUCCGCCAUCAAGCCCUGGCCGAACAAGAUCGUGGAGAACGGCCUGCCGAUUGAUAUGCCGGUGUACAAGGAGUCUCUGGAAACUGUCUUGUGACUGUGCGAUUGUUGACCGCGAUGCAGACGUAUGCCCGGCAAGGUGAUGCGUCCAUGAUACUCGUCAACGACGAUGGUCUCAGGUUGCUCUCGCUCGAGGAGCGUGACACACGCAUAGCAUUCUACGCCAACCACGGCAUUGGCUGGGUCGCGCGGCCGAAGCUUGAUGAUGCGCCGGACGGGUUCCAGCGUGCGGGUCGGUUCAAGAAAGCCUCGAACAUGAACUACGGUUUGAGGCUCUCACUCAUUGUGGAGACGAGCGCGGCCCCCAGAAGAGCGACUCACUCGGUCAUGAGGCAGAGCAGCGUUACGGCAUGCAGUACCAGCAC